CCUGCCUGCCUGCCUGCCUGCCUGCCUCACCUCACCUGCAUGUGUAGAAACAGGGAUGGAAGCGCGCGGAGGUGGUAUAAGACUCAGACACGUGCAGGAGGGCUGUAGUGUGGGACGUGAGCGCUCGUCUCUCCUGCCUGGACUGACUGAAUGCCUCUUAUCGCCCGAAGCGUGGCCACCUCACCGCUUCUGCACCUAGCCAGUGGAUCUCCAAGUGCUCUAGCCAGCCAUGCUCUUCCCAGCCAGUGUGCAGGGCAAGAGCUGAGAGAUUUGAAGUUUGGAACGCGUGCUGGAAGAGCUGAUGGGAGAGUCCGCAUUUCUUAAAGUGCGUUCCGACUUGUAUCCGAGUCCUGGGGGCGAGCGCAGCCCCCGCCCCAUCCCUGACACCGCCCUACCACAAGACUGGGACCCUACCGCCCCCUGCUUCGUCUGCCUGGGCACCAGUCAUGCCUCCACACAGGCCGAGUGGUCCCCGCGAGAGGGCGCCACACCCAGCACAAGUGUAGCAGACUCGCCGGGGGACUCUGCUUUCUCGCCACCGCCGCCCACCACUCAUCCGCAGCAGCCCGAGGAAGCCGCCGAGGCCACGCUUGACCUGUCUACCCCACGCCAGUCCUCCACACCCACGUCCACCUCGGGGGGCUGUGUGCCGCCGCUCCCAGUCUGUCCCGAGGGGAGGAGCGUGGCGGUAGGGCCGGUGGCGGGCCUCACCUCGGAGCUGGGGCCGCGCCUGCCCAUCGGUCUGUAUACCGCCAACUUGCCGCCACACCUGCUGCCAUGGAUCCUCUCAUCACACCUGCAUCACCUGGCCAGGGUGCACCAGGCCCCAGAGGAGAUGUGCGAGGACAGAGACCAGCAGCCCCUGGACCUCAGUGCCAAGUCCCACGUGGAGAGUGUCAAGAGGGAGGGUGGAGUCUCGUCCAGCACCCCUCCUCCCACCAACCCACUCUUCCCCUCUUACGAGAGAGUCGUGCACCACACCGUCACCCUUGAAACCAAAAUUAAUUCUACUAGAGGUCGGCGGCGAGGUGACCUAAGCAAGCGGUCGUACACGGAGGAGGAACUGCAGGCAGCGUUGAGGGACAUUCAGAGUGGCAAGUUGGGCACGCGGAGAGCAGCUGUCAUCUAUGGCAUCCCACGCUCCACACUCCGCAAUAAGGUGUACAAACUCGCCAUGGAGCGGGACAGAAACAAGAAGCUGGUGGAGCAGAGUAAUGACACGAUGCAGACCGACGCUCCAAAUUUCUCGCAGCGCUAUAACGGGCGCAGCACGGCAGGCGGCGGAGGCGGCGGAGGCGGCACGGUGGACGAGGAGGCGAAGGCUUCCCCGGAGAGCAUCAGAAGUUUGCUGCAGAGCAAGAUGGUGGAGAAGCUGGAGGAGAUCAGCCGCAAGAGUGGCGGUAUGAGUGACUCGCGGCCGGCAGUGGAGGCGGCCCUGAAGCACCUCCUGGACAACAUUCCCAAGCUGGCCCUCAACAAGGACAACGUGCAGGCGUCCACUGAGGUGCUCAAUAGCAUCUCCUUCAUCCCGCAGUUGAAUGAUUUUGUCAAGAAAAUAGCAGAAGACCGAUACAACGAAGAACUACAAAGAAGUAAAUUGAGAUUAAAUGGAUCAGUUGAAAUCCACGCCAUCAACGGUCUUAAGAAUGACCCAUGUGACCUUAGCGUACCGUCCUACUCUCCAUCCUGCAACGGCCUCCUCAAGGCAGAGUCUGACACCACCGCCUCAGACUCCAACCAUUCUAGUCAGCCUCUCAUCUCCUCUCUAUCCAGUCCUAAUCUCAAAGAAAUGAUCGCGCAGAUGAUUGGCCAGAAACUGGGCUGUGAAGUGCCCACUGGUAAGGACACACCGGCAGCCAGCAACUCCCAACUGCUUCCGCCCACGUCCUCUGCCAGGGAGCUGCAGACCAAGGCUGGAGCCGACAAACAGGAUCAGGUGAAGAAGACACAAGUUUCGUCGACCACAACAGGAGGUAAAGGCUCGCGACCCAAGAGAGGAAAGUAUCGCAAUUAUGAUCGUGACAACCUGCUAAAGGCGGUGCAGGCGGUGCAGAGCGGCGAGAUGAGCGUACACAGAGCAGGCAGCUUCUACGGUGUGCCGCACUCUACACUGGAGUACAAGGUGAAGGAGAGACACCUAAGCCGCGGUAAGAAUAAGAAGGACAAUUCUUCUCCAUCCGUCUCCGCCUCCUCCUCCGCCUCCACCUGCACGCAGGCGGUGGACCGAGGCAGGAGGGACACUGGUAGAUCAAUUAGGACACCGGCAGACACUACUGUGAGUCACCUGGAGGUGGCCAGGACUCCCGGGGACAGCACCACCAUCCAAGCAGACACUACAUCCACCAUUGAUCUCACGGGUGAUGACAACUCCCAGGGCGGCGAGAGCUCGGGAAUCUUGCCCGCAGUGAAAAAAGCUCGCAUGGAAAAUGAAGCUUCGCCUUACUCCACCUUUCCUCCUCUCUCCUCAACAUCCUUGUCUUCCCCACCUGUCUCCGCUACGUCCCUCUCCUCCUCGCCCCUGCUGACCAGCCCCUUCUCCAUCUGGAAUGGCACUACCUUAGUGCCUCCCUUCCUCUCCAGGUACCAGCAAGAUCCCUUCUACGCUUCCCAAAUGAUCCGUAGGUUCCAAGAGGCUGCCGUCAAGAGCCAUACCUCCAACCCUGGAAGUCUGGAGCGUGAACCUUCCCCUGUCAACUCCCAAGACACCCCUGCAACCCAGCCUUACCAGGGCAGCGUGCUGGACGCUCUGCUGAGGGGCAAGGCUGCCGUCACGCGCACGCCCACCACCACCACCACCACCACCGCUGUUCGGCCUGCCGUCAUCACCACUAGCAGCACCAGCACCAGCACCAGCACCAGCCCGCUCCCCAGUGCUGAGACCUCUUGGCAGGUCUCCUCUAGUCUGCUGAGUCUGACGAAGGGCCUGGUGAUGGAGCAGCAGCAAGGAGAGGAUACCGGGGUGUCGCCUCUUGCACAAACCUCAGGAGUGAUGGCCUUCAACCCCCUGUAUUCCCUACCCACUCUCGCUUCCCGCACCUCCCUGGCCUCCGCUCUGCAGAAGCGCGCCUCGCCCAGCGACACCCUGAGAGACUCGUCCAGCCCUGAAGUAGACAUCGUGCCAUUGCCUCUCGUUAAAGAGGGGCGGCAUCCCACGCCCGUGGCUGCUGAUCAGCCCUGAGGUGUAAGCGUCACCAGUCAUGCCUCCUUUCACUCCUUUGCUUUCUCCACAAGGGAAAUGUUUAAGCUUUUGACUGGAAACAAGAUUCCUGCCACUCUUCCUCCCUCCACUCCGCCAUCUUCACUCUGGUUCUUUCUGCCUCGGAGAACACUUCAGUGGUUGUUUUUUUUUCAGCCAUGAACGACAGACUCCAUCCUCAUAUUUAUAGUGAAUAAUUACAACAUUCCUAUAAUUUUAUCUUGAUUCCAUAGAGUAAUGUACCUUAAUAAUGUAAUUCACUUGAGGAUAAUAUAUUUCACUGUAUUUCUUGUAUAAAAAAAAACCAUGAACAUUGUUUAUAGAUCAAUUUUACAAAGAAAAUUCCAAGUGUUGUGCAAAGUGUGUCACCGUACAAGAUCCGAGUGUUGGUCAGCUGGACGUCCUUACAAACCAAACCAAGCCAAAACAAACCAUACCAAGCGUUCUCUGUCAGUGUCCAGUGUGGCAGCGGCGGUGCUGUGAUAAUAGUGAUGAUGGUGAUGACGGCCACAGUGUGGUGAUGUUGAGGCCAGGCGAAGAUGGCAGUGUUCAUUGGCAAUCGAAGAAGACGUGAAACAAACCGUCACGUCAAGUCUGUGUCACGACCUUGGCGUCCAGGGCACCACGCCGCUCAAGGUCACGUCCCGGCACCGGUGCGCGCUGCCAACUGGCCACCACUUCCACUGCAAGCUGACACUCACCCCAGCGUGUUGCCCUCGAGGAGCUGGGAUGAUGUGGCCCACCUAUCCACCACCACCGUGCACUACCCGCCGUGGUGACGACUCUCCAUGAUACUCACCCAGCU